GAAAGAAACACCUAAACGCAUUGAAAAAGGAGCUCAGCUCCCCCAUAUACAUACAUAUUCUUCCGCCUCCCCUCUUCCCCUCCCCACCCCCAUAAACACACACAGAAGAAAAGUGGAUGCCAUGGCUUCUGCGGAGAAGCUCAUCCUCUUCUCUCUCUUCCUUGUCACCCAUGUAUAUCUCUCUCAUGCUUACCCCCUCAUCACAAUGAGUUACCCAAACUUCAACGAAGCCAAUCGUGGCGAUUUCCAAUUUGAAAACAAUGCAACCAUUAAUAAUGGAGCUCUCCAAGUCACUCCAGAUACAGUCAAUUCAGAUUACUCCUUAACCCACAAAUCAGCUCGUGUGGUAUUGAAGUCACGAUUCAGACUUUGGGAUCAAAGCUCGACAGGUGAAAAAACCAUGGCUUCCUUUAACUCUACCUUUGUUUUCAACACAUAUAGACAGCCAAACGUAACCGUGGGUGAAGGCCUGGCUUUUGCUAUUUUGCCUGAUUUUACAGUUCCUGAAAAUAGCUCAGGCCAAUGGCUUGGCCUCACGAACUCAUCCAUCGAUGGGAAUGCAUCCAACCAUUUUUUCGCUAUUGAAUUUGACACAGUUAAAGAUAGCUUCGAUCCGGAUGAUAACCAUGUUGGGUUGGAUCUAAACUCUGUUAUUUCAAACAAAACUUUCUCUCUUUCUAAGAUGGCUCUUAACCUCACUCCACCAGAUGGUAUAAAUUAUCGAGCGUGGGUGGAGUACAAUGCCUCUUCUAUGCUCUUGAAUGUGUUUAUAGAGAGAGAAAAGGAGACCCAAAAGCCUGAUAAUCCGAUCCUAUCAGAAAUAGUUGAUCUAUCCAAUUAUGUUGAAAAGGUUUCUCAUUUCGGAUUCUCGGCAUCAACUGGUGAUGGAGCUCAACUGAAUUGUGUGGUGAAAUGGGAUCUCUCAGUUGAGAAAUUGCCUGAAGAUGAUCAGUAUCCAUGGCUUAGACUUGUUUUAGCAAUUGGAGUACCCAUUUUUGCAGUUAUAUCAGUUGUGGGUAUCACAGUUGGGGUAUUCGUGUAUCGCCGAAGAAACAAAGAAUAUAGAAACCUCCAUGAAAACCUUAGAAGCCUUCCUGGAACACCUCGAGAGUUUAGAUUUUCUGAUUUGAAGAGGGCCACUGAUAAUUUCAGUGAAAAAAUGAAGUUGGGUCAAGGUGGGUUUGGUACUGUGUAUAAGGGGACACUGAAGAAAGAGAAUAUGGUGGUGGCUGUGAAGAAGUUUUCAAGGGAGGCCAUACAAGGGAGGGAUGACUUCUUGGCAGAGCUUAGUGUGAUCAACAGGUUAAGACACAGGAACCUGGUGAGGCUACUAGGAUGGUGUUACAAGCAAGGAGAGCUGCUCCUAGUUUAUGCUUACAUGCCUAACGGAAGCCUGGACAAACACCUCUUCGAUGGUGAGAGCUGCCUUGAGUGGGAAAGACGCUACAGCAUCCUCGCGGGCGUGGCAUCGGCCCUACACUACCUCCACAAUGAGUACGACCAGAAGGUCGUCCAUCGUGAUCUGAAAGCGAGCAACAUCAUGCUCGAUUCCGACUACAAUGCCCGAUUAGGGGACUUCGGCUUGGCUCGAGUCCUAGAUCAGGAGAAAACCUCUUAUGCUGAGUUGAAUGGAGUCCCCGGAACAUUGGGCUAUAUCGCACCUGAGUGCUUUCACACUGGGAAGGCCACUCGUGAGUCUGAUGUCUUCGGAUUUGGGGCCGUUGUCCUAGAGGUGGUGUGUGGCCGUCGCCCCAAUUCUGCGAAUAAGGGCUUUCUGGUGGACCUUGUUUGGGCUUUGUAUAGAGAAGGCCGGAUUCUAGAAGCCAUCGAUCCACAAUUAGAGGGACAAUACAAUGAGGAUGAUGCACAAAGGUUGCUGCUGUUGGGGCUCGCAUGCUCGCACCCGUCGCCAAUUGAAAGGCCAAAGACUGAGAACAUUGUUCAAAUCAUGGCUCGAACGGUGGCUCCGCCGUAUGUGCCACCAUUUAGGCCCCCCUUUGUUUGGCACAUGGGGUCUAGCAACGAUUGCAGCUCGGUGGACACCACUAAGACACAAGGGACUUAUUCAGGCUGGAGCCCUGUCUAUCUUAGCCAAGAUAGCUAUGGCUCACAAAAUGACUCCGUGGUUUAGAUCCGAAUGGAUUAGGCCUAGGGGCGAGCCCACCCCAAAUGGGAGGAUCCCUUGAUUCAAAACUAGCCCUAUGGCCCUCCUUCAAAGGAGGUGGGCUCACUCUGUGUGUGUGGUUAUUUUUUCUCCAAUGUCUUUGUUCAUAGUAGAAUUGCUUAGGUAAUUUUUGAAGAUGGUCAAAUUUUAGUGCGUGAAAAUGGAGGGACAUGGGAGAUUGCCCAUGCAAUCAAAUAGAUGGCCAGCUAGGAUGGCCUUCUCCAUCCCCUUUUGAGUCGUAAAGUGAACUCUAUCUCUAUUCUUUUUCUUUCUGUAUUUGAGCACUCUCUCUCGCUUUAUUCAUGUACAUGAAACAUUAUGAUUCAAGAUUCCCCUUGUUAUUUGCU